GAUGUGCGGAAAUUGGCUUUUCGAUGGCAAAGGCACAUGGAUGUAAUAUUCCUCCAACCUGGCAUGAGACAGAAAUGGCAGGUGAAGACUGGUUCUCUGGAUAUCUUCAACGACACAAGAAUUUAUCCAUAAGAAUUCCACAGGCAACAAGCUUGGCACGAGCAGCAAGUUUCAACAAGACAAAUGUUGCUAUGUUUUUCAACCAACUUGCUGAGGUGAUGCUUCGGGAUAAAUUUGAUCCAUUCAAUAUCUACAUGGAUGAAACUGGCAUAACAACUGUGCAGCGCCCCGAUAGAAUUAUUGCCAGAAAAGGAACAAAGCAAGUGGGAAAAAUGACAAGUGCGGAGAUGGGAAUUCUGGUCACAUUGGCAUGCUGUGUAAAUGCCACUGGAAACAGCAUACCACCAUUUUUUGUUUUACCCCAGAAGAACUUGAGGCCACAUUUCCUGAACAAUAGACCAUCAGGCAGCGAUGGAGGUACUAAUCCAUCUGGUUGGAUGUGUGAGGAGCAGUUUGUGAAAUUCCUUCAACACUUUGUGAGGAAUGGGAAAUGUUCAAAGCAGUCACCGUGCCUUUUCUUGCUGAACAAUCAUGAUUCCCACCUUAGUAUCGAGGGGCAUCACCAUGCUUUCUUUUCCACCUCACUGCACACACAGGUUACAGCCAUUGGACAAAGUGGUCUAUGGACCACUGAAGAAGUACACAGACCAUGA